AUGUUAUUGGAGGUAGAGGAUCCAAUAAGCAAUUCCACUCGCAGCCUCGAAACAGCUGUUCAUUAUGCUAACCAGGCUGAUUUUUUCGAUAAGCCUCCUAGAGGUCGCAUGCAAUUGGUUGUAAUUCGCUGCGAAUUAGACAAAGAGGUUCGUUGCAAUGAAACAUUUUGUCUGGAUGAAUUCUACAGACGUCGUAUGCCCAAUUGGAUGCCCGAGGAUGCUCUAACUGGCAGUGAUAAGCCGCAGUACUACGAGAUGACAGAAUCAGACGUGGAACAAGACAAGCAAUGGCUUUAUCUCUAUGCUCAACUCGCUGUGUUGUCCUUGAGAUUUUGCCCGGAGCAUGAAAAGGCAGAGCCAAUUGAGCUGACGAAGGUAGUUGUGCAAACCAAAGAAGAUGUGGAGUCCAAGAACAAGGCCAGAGCCAGGAAUGUAAUCUUCUACAUUAGCUUCAAAUGCAGUGGCGGUCAAGAAUACAAGGCUAUCGUAAGGAGAACAACGAGCCAAUGGCCAGAGAGUAUGUCGCUUGAAGUCGAGUCUUUCAAGUGA